AUGGACGCUAAGCUGGCCGAAGCAAUUGGGCCGUACAAGGAGUACUUCGAAACCCAAGAGGAUGGGAAAGUCAAAUGUCUCGUCAAUGGCCAUUGCUUUCCCGCAAAUCGCCCGGAGCAAAUCGCUGCGUUUAUUAACCACAUGCUGUACUGCGCUCUGACGGGUCAGCUGCUCGAGAAGAGCCUUGCGGCCGUGAAGCAGCACAUGGGCGGUAAGAGGUUCGUGAGGGCCAAGGCCAGGUUCGUGGCGGACCAGCAGGAGCUCAAACCGGAGCCCAGUCUGCGGGAGUUUGGAAUCAUAUUG